GUAGGUCUUGUCGUACUGUGGGUGUGUUCAGUAAUGCAGUAUAAUGCGCAUACUGCUUUUGCAGGACCAGCAGAACGUUCAGAAAUGCUAAUAUGGCAGCACUGCAAAUGUCGAGCGUUCUAAAACGCCAUGUUUCUAUCAAGCGUCGCUCAUCAUUUGCAUAAAAAAAUUACACUGCCGCUGAUUACGCUUGUACCAUGUCGGAAGAAAACGAAAAUCUUAGUACGGCUGAAGUUAAGUUGCUGCUUAGAGUUCGAUUAAAUAUGGAAGACGAAUUUGCAUCUGGAAGGAGAAAAAAGAGCGUUCUAUGGAAUAAGGUGGUGGAAGAAGUAAAAAAAAUCAACAGAGACAUUAACAUAGACAGACACAUUGCACAAAGAAAAUUUUUAAAUAUGCUGGUAUCGUAUAAACGUAUAAAAAAGCGCAAUAAUUCCUCCGGUAGGGAAGCAACAUCUUGGCUAUAUUUUGAAGAUUUUGACGAGGUGUAUGGUACCAGGCACUCCAUCAAUCCUCCGCCACAAAAUCUGCAAGCGUCGUUGGAGCUACCAUCGUCGCCGCCAUUAGAAGAAGGUAAUGUUGAGCCACCCAAUUCUCCACCGACUUCAAGUCGUAGAGCACCACAUCCUCGGAGAAACCCAAACAGCGAAAUAUUAAAGUUUUUUGAAGAAGAAGCUAUUAAAGAGCAAACCCGACAUGACGAAGCAAUGGCUGUGGAGAGGGAAAAACUUUCACUGGAGAAAGAGCGAAUCCAAGCGUUGCUGGAAUUAAAAUCAAUAUUGAACCGAUGUCUGCAAAAGUAGAUUUUGAAUUUAUUUUUUAUUAGUCAUAAGAUGAAGCUGUGAAAUGUACCUUUUUAACCUUUCUAGAUUGAA